GAUGCUGCUUGCCUCCAAAGCGUCACGUGAGCUUUCUCCAGGCUGUGACGUUGAAUUCUGCUCUGUCAGAAGACGGCAUCUGUCAAAGCCCACAUAUAAAGCACUGCCUGAGCGAGGCAGCAGCAGCAGCAUAGGAAGCUGCCUCCAUUCUCCAGACCACAUCCUCCCCCUGCAAGCUCCGGCUUCUGCACAAGCUGCCUAGCAACAAGACCGGAGGUAAAUCCUCGCCACUAUUUAAUUCAACUGGACCUUUUCUUCAAUGCUGCCGAGAUCAGUCGGCAUUGGCAUGGAUACAGAUGGCUGAACGCUGCAUUAGGGACAAAAGGAAUGAUAUGUGAAGGCUUUCAAUGCAGGGGGAGCUGCCAGACCAUCUCCUGGGGAUAUGAGCGCUCUCCUGAUGGAGGGACAUACACAAUGCCUAUGACUGGGACCGGAGAGGGGGCAAGCAGCGUACAGGCGGUCAGUCGGCAGAAACGUAUACAGAAGGGAGAUUUUUGAUGCAAGUGCGCAUGUUCCAUUUCUACCCCCCUCAAACGAUUACGUGCCCAAACUAUUCUCAAUAGGUGUAUUCCAACAGCGUGAACCGGGUCAUAAAAACAAAAGGUUCUCGUCUAGGAAAUGGUUAAACCAAUGGUGAAGACCGCAGGCCGCCACAUUCUAAAUACUGCCAGACGGGUGGGGGUGGAUUAACAAACCGGGAACUGGAGCAGAUGCAGUACAACUGCAUCAGGAUUUGAAAAGCAUGCUUCAGUGGAGGAGACGUCACUGCUGCCUUGCCAAGAUGAGCUGGAAUAGCAAGCGCUCUCUUUUUCGGACCCAUCUCACUGGGCUCUUGUCCCUGGUGUUCUUGUUUGCCAUGUUCCUGUUUUUUAAUCACCACAAUUCAUUCACCGGCAGAGCGGGAAUGAAAGAAAAUCCAGUGACUCAUGCAAUACGAGGAUUUAAAGCAACAAAAAGCGAGACCAACAGCUCCCUAAGGAAUAUCUGGAAGGAUACGAUGCCUCAAACACUAAGACCCCACACAAUGUCCAACUUAAGUAACACGGAAUCACAACUGCAAGGAGUGACCGGCUUGGAGAACACCUUGAGCACCAAUGGAAGCAUUUACAGUGAAAAGGGCUUUGGCCACCAAAACUUGUACCAUUACAAAUAUAUCAUCAAUGAGCCGGAAAAAUGCCAAGGAAAAACGCCCUUCCUCAUACUACUCAUAGCAGCAGAGCCCCGACAAAUUGAGGCUCGACAGGCUAUAAGACAGACCUGGGGGAACGAGAGCCUGGCAGCCGGCAUCCAUAUUGUAAGACUCUUUCUUUUGGGUUUGCACACCAAGAUAAAUGGGUUAAUUGAACAGGCUAUUGUGGACGAAAGCAGGCAGUACCAUGAUAUCAUCCAACAAGAGUAUUUAGACACUUACUAUAAUCUAACCAUUAAGACGCUGAUGGGCAUGAACUGGGUGGCAACAUAUUGCCCACAUGUGCCAUAUGUCAUGAAGACAGACAGUGACAUGUUUGUGAACACAGAAUAUCUGAUCCAUAAACUACUGAAGCCUGACCAACCACCAAGAGCCAACUACUUUACAGGGUAUUUAAUGAGAGGCUAUGCACCGAACCGUAACAAAGACAGUAAAUGGUACAUGUCACCAGAUCUGUACCCAAGUGAGCGCUACCCUGUGUUUUGUUCUGGGACUGGCUAUGUGUUUUCUGGAGACCUAGCAGAGAAAAUAUUUAAAGUGUCUUUAAGUAUUAGACGGUUACACUUAGAAGACGUGUAUGUUGGCAUCUGUCUAGCCAAGCUGCGUAUUGACCCUAUACCCCCGCCCAAUGAGUUUGUAUUCAAUCACUGGAGAGUGUCCUAUUCUAGCUGUAAAUAUAGUCACCUAAUUACCUCCCAUCAGUUCCAGCCUAGUGAACUGAUCAAAUACUGGAAUCACUUACAACUGAACAAGCACAACGCCUGUGCCAAUGCAGCCAAGGAAAAAGCCAGUAGGUACCGGCAUCGUAAAAUGCACUAAAAAGGACUAAAAAAAUGAUGGACUAUUUCAUGUGUCCAUUACCAGAUAUAAAAGCAUGUGCAGUGGCAGUGAACUUAUUUGAGCUGUAAAUGGGAUGAGAAAUUAUUUUUUUAUUAUUCCAAAAAGAAUAGAAAAAAACUGUAUGGAAUUAAAAAAGCAGGU